AUGGAUCUCACCAACUGCCGUAGCAUGGAACUAUUUCGCCGAAUCGGAAUAUCUGAAGGAUUGCGAGAGAUUGGUGUCCCACCACAAUACUCGUUUGAUGUGCUUUUCAGCACCGGUUAUUCACAAGGCGAAGAAGAGAUAGCCAGAUGGAAGCUCGAUUCUGUCGAUGCUUGGUGGCAGCGUAUUAAAUCUCAGAACGAUGGGUCCCUUCCCCGAGAGCCCUACCAGCGCUGUUCCCAAGCUGUCUUGGAGGCAUGGCUCAAGCCCCGAAUUCAAGCUGAGGAGCUCAUUGAUGGCCAUUUCGGUCUCAAGUUUGAGUCCCUCACAGAGACGGACGAGGGAGUGGAAUCUCAACUCACAGAUGUUGUCACCGGCGAACAACACAUUAUCCGGAGCAAAUACGUUGUGGGAUGUGAUGGAGCUGGUAGUCGUGUCCGCAAAUCGAUUGGGAUCAAUCUACUCGGUGGGCCUGUCCCAGCUGCAAUGAUGUUAAUCCAUUUCAAAUCACGAGAUCUCUCAAGGAUGCAGAAGCAUGGCCAAUUUUGGCACAUUUCGUUCGCGUCCGGCGCUUUCAUCAUUGCUCAAGAUGAGGUCGACACUUGGACUCUACACACCAAGAUUCCAAUCGAUACUGAUUGGGAGAAGAUGGAUCCCGAAGAGACCAUCUACAAUGCGCUUGGAGGUCCAUUAGGGCCAUUCUCAAUCAAGAUUGACGAAAUUCUAGUCAAAAGCAGCUGGCGACCGAAUAUUUGCAUCGCAGAGAGCUACACAUCUCCAGGCGGACGCGUCUUCCUCGCGGGUGAUUCGGCGCAUCAGAAUAUUCCUACGGGAGGAUAUGGAAUGAACACUGCCGUUGGUGACAGCUUCGAUAUCGGCUGGAAACUUGCGGCUACUUUGAAACAGUACGGCGGUAAAGACCUCUUGAAAUCGUAUGAGUUGGAACGGCUGCCCAUUGCAUUGCGGAAUAUUAACGAAUCAGGCACCUUUUGGAAAGUUUGGGCUACUAUCUGGUCCCGGGUUGCCGAAAUAAGAACUGAUACUCUUCUAUCUAAACCCGAAGAAUUAAAAGCCAUCAAAGCCGAUACAGCUGAGUUCUUUAAAACCAAUGAUGCUGAAAAUAAAAGUCAUGGCAUCGAGCUUGGCUACCGAUACAACGCAUCACCGAUUGUCGUUCCAGAUACAGAGGCUACGGAACCGGAAUGGAACAUUUUGCAUUACAUCCCGUCAACCUGGCCAGGAGCCAGAGCGCCACACGUCUUCCUCUCCGAUGGGGAGACAAGCGUGUUUGACUUGUUUGGGCAGAACUACACGAUUGUCGACUUUUCCGAAGAGGGUAAAUGGGCAAAGCCAUUUACUGAGGCUUCGAAGCGCCUUGGAAUUCCCGUCAAAGCUGUUCAUUUACCGCAAGAGAAGCACGUGCACAAAAUCUGGGAGCGGACCGCAGUCCUGAUCCGGCCUGACGAUCAUGUCGCAUGGAGAUCCCCCCUGGAUGAAGCGACAUUUGACGGAGAUGUGGAUGGUAUCUUGAAGAUUGCGGUAGGCCAGGCAUCAAACACAGAGGCUGGAGUUCUAAAUAAAGAGCGAGUGUUGGCUGAGGUUCGGGAGAAGGGGUUUGCAGGCACAGUCGGAAAUGUCAACCAAGACAAGGUAGCAAUGAAGGCUGCGUUUCAGGUUUGA